GUGCAGCGAAUAUUGUGACACCUUGCAACGCAUUCUUUCUAAAUAGACAAGAAACUACAAUUACAUUGAGGCGCGAGGAACAGGUUUAGUAACAGUGCCUUAUCUUAAAGCGACAACCAAGGUUGAGAGAGGUUGGAAGCAGGGAGCAGCAGGACUUAAGGUCACCACAAGCUCUUCAUCCAAUCAAUAACCGGAUAGAACCAAGACCCCACCCUUCAUUUUUGCUUUUUUUUUUUCGAUAAUCUGUUGCACUUUGGAUGUACAGCACAAUACAAAAGAAAGAUCUUUCGCUACUUCCGUCUCUUUGUGACUUUAAUGCCUGGAUUUGGCGGCCGGAAGGAAGGAGCAGCGUGGCAUCCCUCUCCUCCUCUCAUGUCCCCUCCCUGUGUGUCUUUGCAUGUCAGUGUCCCCUCGUCAUCCCCCCUGUGUCUCACCCCACCAGCCCUCUGUGUUCCUCCCCCUCAUGCUUGGGACAGACUGGCCUCACUGUCAGACCAAUGACUGCCUGGAUAAUACUGCCUGUCAGCCUGGCUGCCUUUUCUAUCACUGGGAUAUGGAUAGUAUAUGCUAUGGCUGUAAUGAACCACCAUGUUUGUCCUGUUGAGAACUGGUCGUACAAUGUGACAUGCACAGAGGAAACAGCCAAGCCGGGCUUCCCGAAAACAUGCUGCACCAUUCAAGACAUCCCCCUCAUCAGUAAAUGUGGAUCUUACCCUCCCGAGAGCUGUCUUUUCAGUCUCGUUGGUAAUGUGGGAGCUUUCAUGGUCGUGUUGGUGUGUAUGCUACGGUAUGCUCAGAUCAUUGAGCACAGGAACCACUGUUGGCUCAACACUAGUGGACUUGUGUCUGGAUGCACCAAUGCUGUUGGACUGGUCAUGGUGGGCAACUUCCAGGUGGACCAUGCUAAAACACUACACUAUGUAGGAGCGGGUGCUGCCUUCCCAGCAGGCAUUCUGUUCGUGUGUUUGCAGUGUUUGCUGACCUACCGGGUGGCUGUCACCGCUCUGGACUACUGGAUGGCUCAUGUGCGUGUGGCACUGGCUUCUGGUGCUCUCAUCACACUGGUUCUCAGUGGGAUAUUCUUCAUCCAUGAGAGCUUUGUCUUACAACACGCAGCGGCCAUCUGUGAGUGGGUCUUCACUGUAGUCAUCCUCGUGUUCUACGGGACUUUCACCUACGAGUUUGGCACGGUCACAACUGAGACCAUGUUGGCCGGCCUCCAGCGGAACCUCUCGCACGGGCCCGGUAUUAUGAUCGGAGACGACAUCCAAGCAGACUCCCUGGGAGGCACCACCACGAAGGGUUUGAAAUCUCCAGGUGGAAGCAGCACCUCCACCCAUCUGAACUGCACUCAUGAGAACGUGGCAAUGCUUUAAACACAUCAGCACAAACGCAGUCACAUACUGCCAGGUGGAAAGCCUCACAACGGUGCAUCCUACAUUUAAAACCACACUUGAGCUGAGAUUGAAGUGAUUUGGAGGAACAGCCCGGUCUGAUUCGAGGCAGGUUCAGAGUUGAACGGGUUUAUAAGUGUGUCUGAUGUAUACUACAGUUUCAGUUUUAGACCUUGUCUGAUAGAUUUGUCUUUUUGCGUCCUGUUUUGCCUUGCGAUAAGCUUCUGUUGGGUUGUAUGUGGAUGAAAAAUAGUUUUUUUUUAUUAUUAUUUAUUUAUUUUUACAAAAGAACAGGGAUUUUAGAUCCACUUUAAGGUUGUUGUUAGCACAGAUCCAGUGGUUUUGUGAGGUCACUUUGCUGUUGCUUGAACUGUUUCACUGGGCGAUGGGGUAAAUCUUUACGGUCACGAUGCACAAAUGUUUCAGGGGUAUCUCUUUUAGAGCUUGUUACUGUUUGCCCACACUUACAAUUGCAAAUGGACGAUUUGCAGGUAACACUAUGAAUGAACUUGUAGAUUUAAGUUCUUUUCACUUUUUUGGGACUGCAGACUAUCAGGAUCCGAGUAUUAUAUUAUUUUUGUAAUGUGAAUGUCUAAAAUAUGAAUUGAACUAUAGCCUUUGAGCACCUAUUAUUUUGGAGUAAGAAGAAAGAUAUAUUAGAAUUGAAAUCUCAUUUAGAAUAUUAAGUCUCAUUCACCCAUUUUU